AAGCAGCGCAACCCGAGCCCGAAUGAAUCUAAUAUCGGAAACUGAAAUCAAACAGCAAAGACAAGCAUAGAACAGUAAAACAUAAAGACCAAAUACCAAAGACAGUGGCUAUCUCAGUGACGCCGCCAUCGCCACCAUCGAAAAGCUCCUCUAUUUAGCUACACGUUUGCUGGGUCAUCACCUUUUUAAAGAAGCAGCCUCUUGAGAGUUUAGGUGAUCAAUCAGCUAUAACCAUAAUGGAAGCCAAAUUCUUCCGCUUUCUUAAGAUUGUGGGUGUUGGAUACAAAGCCAGAGCUGAAUCUGAAGGACGCCUCUUGUAUCUCAAAUUGGGAUACAGUCAUGAGGUUGAGCUCACAGUCCCUCCUGCUGUUAGAGUUUUCUGCUUCAAGAAUAACGUAGUUUGUUGCACUGGAAUUGACAAGCAAAGGGUGCACCAGUUUGCUGCUUCUGUCCGUAGCUGCAAGCCACCAGAAGUUUACAAAGGCAAGGGUAUAAUGUACAUCGACGAAGUGAUAAAAAAGAAACAAGGAAAGAAGUCAAAAUGAUUUGGAAAAGGAAAGCCCUCCUACUGAUAGUGAAAUGUUCUGCCUAAUUCCAUUGAUGGAAGUACAAUUACUGUAAACUGAGUUCAAUUUUUUGAGGGUGAAGUGAAACACUGGAAUUUAGUGAAUUUGAAGGCAUUUAAAUAGCAAGGAGUUUUUCGGGCAA